AAACCCUCAGUGUCUCAACGGCUGCAUACUGAUGGCAUCGCUUGCCGCCGCCAGAUCAAUUUUCCGCUCGAGUUCUGCUCGGAGUGCCGCCGCUCGACUCGCCCCUCAAGCUAAACCCAAGGCUGCUCCCUCCGCAUUUCGUGCCUCCUCCAGCACUCCUCUCUCCAACCGCACUUUCAGGUGUCCGUGUCCAGUUGAAACGAGUUUUUGCGUGGAAUCUUUGCUUCCGUACCAUACGGCGACUGCUUCUGCUUUAAUGACUUCGAUGCUCUCCAUUUGUCGCCGUAGCUAUGGUUGGCUUCCUGAAGCUUGCAAUGAUGAUAAUUGAUGUGAUGAUUGUCAAACGGGUUGUGGAGAAGUUUGUUCAAAAGUUGCUGCAUUUUAAAGAGAAUGAUGAUUCCUGAUGACAGCCAACAAAAAAGACAAUGAUGCCUGAUAAGUUAGGAGUUUCCAAUAAGACAUCUGCUGGAGGAUUCUUUUGAAUGUUAUACUUUUCUGUAUCCAAUUUAUCCAAUUUCAUCUUACUUUAGCUGAAGGAACUAAAAGUAGAAUGGACCAUGUAUUUCUGAUUAGUAUCACAAGCCAGCUUAGCUAUUUUUCUCUACAACCAGGAAUUAAGUUAAGCAGUGCUUAGUUUUAUGUUAUAUCACAGUCGUAAUUGUGGGUUCUUUUGGUUAGAUUAGUAAUGAGUAGUUUGUUCUCGAGUAACAUCGGUGUAGGUUGAUUUUCAUUUUGAUUGUCGUUCCUCUAGUCAAAAAAGUAAUUGUACGUGGUACUUAACAGGCAAAUUUGGUACUUGUUUUUGUGAGAAUACCUAUAACAUGGAAAAUAGACAUUACUUUGGCUUCAGUACUAUCUUGUGUAUGUACUUCUCUUUUGCCCUUCAUAGAAAAGCCAGAAGCUGCAUCUUUCUCGUAUUUCUGACUCGUGUUUUUUUUUUUUUUUUUUUUUUUUUGUUUUAGGACAGUAAUAUCCUCUAAGUCAUAUGACACUUCCAGCUUGGAUAAGAGCCACCCAUCUUGACCGUCCUUUCAUUUCAAACUUGUUGAUGCUUUUUGAUUGACUUGGUAAACUUAAUGAUUCAUAUACUUAUUUUCUUAGUCAAAAUAGUUCCACAAACCAUAUGGUGCUCCGAAAGCUUGGCUUGGGGGCGUUAAACUAGCCUCUUUUGCUUAGUUGUAAUUUUCUUUUCUUUUCUUUUUUUUUUCAAUUGUAUUUUUUGUUUGAGAGAAAUUAAUGAGAGGGUAAGGAAAUAAAAGGAUGUACAUCCCUUCCCCUAUUUGGAUAAGUUAAAAGAAUUGAGGGAAUUAAAAGCGAAAAGUAAAA